CUCAUUUGGCUUGGUGUAUUGUGUGAGGACGGCACGAACCACGUAAGCACAAAUCCAAUUCUCAUCUUCAUUUAUCAACCUCUUCUUUUCCUCCUCUCUUACUUUAAAUCAAAACCCUAACCUCUUCAAUCUCCUUCAAUUAAAUUAAGGAUUCACGUCGCCUUCAAUCGUUGCUGCUUAAUGUUAUUGGUUUUAUAAACUAUUUGGAUUGAAUCCAUUGCAAAUCAAUUCCACAGACAACUAAACGGGCUGGAAUGGAAGACGAAGAAAACACACAACCCCAUCAAAUUCCAGACCAAAGUUUACAGAAGAAACACCAGUUGAUGCUGGAGCGUCUCUCAAAUCGUCACCAAACUCGUUUAGAAACCCGCAAAGUCGACUCACUCGACUCAUCCACCUCCGCCUUCCUCUCCCGCUUCAACGACUCCAAAAACUCCAUCACUUCUCACCUCCAAACCACGACGGACCCCUCUCGUCUCCCAGAUAUAUCCGCUUCCAUCUCCGCCCUCGAGAAACUCGUCGCCGAGAAUUCCUACUCCCUCCCCUCCUACGAAGUCCGAUCAUCUCUCAAAACCAUCUCGGAUUUGAAGCAAAAUCUUGAGAACUUGUCGGCCCAGUUGAUCCCCAAAAAGAAAUUCGCCUUCAAAAACAAACCCACCAAAACCCAAACCCAGAUCCGUCAAAAUGAUGUCAUUUCAGAACCAAAUGAAACAAAACCAACGUCAAAUUUCCCGGUUCGUGAAUCCCCGGGUUUUCGAGAUAAACAAAACCAAGUAUUGUUCCGAGACUUUAAGGGUUCUGAAAUUGGGGAGUUUACGUUAGCGGGUUUGGACUCGUGUGAGGUGAGAUUAUUGGGUUGUGUGAACGCUCUGUUUGUUAAUAAAUUAAAGGGUUGUAAAAUUUACGCCGGUCCUGUGACGGGUUCGAUUUUGAUUGAAGAAGUUGAGGAUUGUGUUUUGGUUUUGGCAUCGCAUCAAAUCAGGAUUCAUUUUGCGAAAAGUUGUGAUUUUUAUUUGAGAGUUAGGAGUAGGCCGAUCAUUGAGGAUUGUAAUGGGAUCAGAUUUGGGCCGUAUUGUUUGAAAUAUGAGGGGAUUGAGGAGGAUUUGGAAGCUGCCGGGUUGAGUGAGGAGACGGGGAAUUGGGGCAAUGUGGAUGAUUUCAAGUGGUUGAGAGCUGUUCAAAGUCCCAAUUGGUCGGUUUUGCCGGAAGAUGAGAGGCUUGGGACUGUUGAGCUGGCGGAUUUGCGAUGUGUGAAUGUUGCAAGUUAGCUAAAUGAACUCUACAGGGUUUGGAAUUUGAUUUCUGUAUUAGGUAAUUUUGAAUUUGAUUGGUUGGAUUCUUGUACUUGUAUGCUUGUUUCAAUGAGUAGAAAUGAAAAUGGAAAUUUUGGCGGGUAUUAAGGUUUUUUUUUUCGUUAAUGCUUUUUAUAUAAUAACUGUUUGAUGGAUGAAAUGGAGCAGUUUUAAGUGGUGUUGAAGGAUUUGUAAAUCAAAUUGAAUUUCUGGAUAUUUGGCAAGUUAUAUGCGUGCCAUACAGCUUUGUUUAUUUAUCGGGCAACAAUAAAUCUUCUUAAUUGUUUUCUUUUGCUCUGUUAGCUGCCUUCUACCUGUAUUGAAUCCACUUAUGCGAAACCCACUUAUUUGCCCUGUAAAUGAUGGAUAUUUUGGCUCGUAGAGUUGAGCAUAAUUAGCUUUUUCUUUGGUGCGGUUUGCACUGUUUUGACCUGCUUUUUCUUUGUUAUGCCAGUGUUAAGCUAGAUUUAGUUACUUUUGGUUGCUUGUUGUAAUGUUUUGCAUCAUUCUGAGGGUCAAUUGUUAGAACCGAUUGUAG